AUGAACUGCUUUGAGUAUAAUCGGGAGCGGGGAAAGUCUCUGUACAAGUUGGCUACGAUAGAUCCUAAAUUCAAAUCGUUUACAAAUAAAACCAAACAAACAAUUAAUAGUGAUUUAAAUAACCAAACCAAAUCAAUACAAAUACCCAGCAAUUUCAGUGCUUGCAUGGAAGGUACUGCCGUGGUAUAUGAUAAAAAAUUUAAUCAAUGUAAUUCUUACUGCAAUAAACACAUUGGCAACUCAUAUAUUAGUGACAACAUAAUUGAUGACAUGCAAAUUAACCACACCAAAUGCCUAAAUUGCGAAAAAUUCAUAUGUAGAUAUAAAUCUACUUUAGAAAUACUUAGUAGAACUAGAAAAGAAUUAUUAAAUAUUUCAAGCAUACUACUGAAAAAGGAGUCCACGAUUGCGUUUCUAGAAAAUGUAGCGUGUGGCUGUGAGAUUGAAAUAAACAGCAAUAUUGGGAAAAUCAACCAGUUAGAAAUUGAUAUUGAGUGUCUAAAAAAGGAUAAUCAGUACAAUGUUGAUGUCUUGAAAUCACAAAUUAGGGUAUUGGAUGACCAAAUUGUGGGCAAGGACAGGAAUAUAAUGGAGUUAAAAAAAUCUGUAUUUGAGUACCAAGCAAAACUUAAAAUAUUGCAAGCCAAAAAUACAUCACUCACUAAUGAGCUCGAGAACACGUGUUCACAAAUGGAUGCAUUAGUAACAUCUACUAGUGAUAAAUGCAUAUUGUUAAAUGAGAUGGAAAAGAAUAUGAGGGAUAUUGAGUUGGCCAGACAAAAGGAAUUUAUGGAGCAAAUGAGAGUAAACCGAAAUUUGGAAUUGGAUUUCAAAUUCAAUCAUAACGUUGCAGCUAAUUUGUUAAACAAGAAAUCCAAUGAAUUGGAUGUACUGAGGGCAAAAUUGACAACUUGCCAAGAUGGCAUUGAGAAAGUUGUAAGUGCUGCUAAGCAAAUAAACCCAAACUAA